AUGACCAUACCAACUGGUUCACAUCGUUCAUCUACGAGAAUGUUACUCCCAGAUCCAACUCAUGGAAACGUCAACUAUGUCUCCCUAGCUGAUGCUCAGAAGCUUGGUUUGACUAAAGUCAUCGGAAACCAAGUAUAUAUGGGCGUAGAUAACACCACUGUUCUCUCCGAUACCGUCAAUGGAAAACGCAACAGUAUCUGGAUCGAGUCAGUUCACGAAUUCACUCACGGUAUUCUUAUUGGUGAUUUUGCUCAUAUGCCCGGUAGCGACUGUGGUACCUGGCCUGGAUUCUGGACCAUCAGAAAUGGCGACGGUCCAUACGGCGAAAUGGACAUCCUCGAGGGCUCCAACGACAUCACCCAAGCCUUCAUCUCGCUACACACCGAAAACAUCUGCUCCUUCACCUCAGCUCCCUCCACCCAACUCGGCACUCUCAACAACGACAACACCAACUGUCAACUAGACAAUGGUGCUGGCUGCUCGGUUGAAUCGACCGCCAAUUCAUAUGGUACUCCGUUUAACAAGAAUGGUGGGGGCGCCUAUGCUAUGCAGUGGACUUCGAAAUUUAUCCGUGUUUGGUUCUUCCCGCGCAAUAAGAUGCCGGCUGAUAUCACGGCGGGUAAUCCGGAUCCAUCGAAGUGGGGUUCGCCAACUGCCAAUUUUGAUAGUGCGCAUGGUGGUUGUAAUAUUGAUGCUAAUUUCCCUGCACAGACUGUGUACUUCGACACGACCUUCUGCGGCGCCGGCGCCGGCGGCCAAUCCUGGUCCCAAUGGUCCGACUGCCCCGCCAAAACCGGCUACUCCACCUGCGCCGAAUACGUCGCCAAAGUACCCCACGCCUUCGACGACGCCUACUGGCUCGUCAAUUCUGUUAAAAUCUAUCAAUAA